UAGGAAGAUGAGGAUGAGGAUGGAGAGCUAUGUAGGGACAUAUAGAUGCUAGGAGAGGAGGAUGUGUAAUAAUGCAUGGGUGGGUGCUACAUUUGACCCAGCUCGCUGCUCUUCUAAUUUCAAAUGUGAUUCAACUGGAAAAAUUAACAACAGUAAAGGCGAGUGGCUGAGCCGGCUGUCAGUCAUUUAAAUCGGGAGAGGGGGCGGGUCUCUCUGCCCCCGUGCUUCAUGAGGGCGCAGAACGAGCCCUGAGCAGACUCUGAACAGCUGUCGAGUCCUCCGUCCGCGCUCCGCGCUCUCUUGAACCUCCUCCACUUCACGGAUUCAUCUAACAUGUCCCUGCUCCGGUGGGUCCGGGUCCUGGUCUUUGGAGGUAGCAGAGCAGCCUGAGUUGAGUGGGGUCUCCCUGUUGAUACAGUAUGUCCACAGUCUGACCACAGCUGGAGCACAGACGCUGUUUCGCGGUGCUGAGGGCAUCAGGAGUCGCGCGGAGAGCGGAGGUUUCCGAGCCCGUGGAGAGCGAUGAUGAGGAGGAAGACGCUCUCUGUGGCGGGCUUUUUACUCGCCUGGAAACUAGUCCUGUUACUCAGUGUGGGUCAGUGUAAGGAGGUGGACAGUGCUGCGAGGACACGGCAAGCCCCGAUGUCUCCCUCUGACUUCCUGGACAAACUCAUGGGGAGGACAUCAGGGUAUGACGCCAGGAUAAGACCCAACUUCAAAGGUCCACCAGUCAAUGUUUCCUGUAACAUCUUCAUCAACAGCUUUGGCUCCAUUGCUGAAACCACCAUGGACUACCGUGUGAACAUCUUCCUCCGUCAGCAGUGGAAUGAUCCCAGACUGGCCUACGCCGAGUACCCUGAUGACUCUCUGGACCUGGACCCCUCUAUGUUAGACUCCAUAUGGAAACCUGAUCUGUUCUUUGCCAAUGAGAAGGGAGCCCACUUCCAUGAAGUCACUACAGACAACAAGCUGCUCAGGAUCUUCAAGAAUGGAAACGUUCUGUACUCCAUCAGACUCACCCUGACUCUGUCCUGUCCCAUGGAUCUGAAGAACUUCCCCAUGGAUGUUCAGACCUGUAUCAUGCAGCUGGAGAGCUUCGGUUACACCAUGAACGACCUGAUCUUUGAGUGGCAGGAGAACGGACCAGUUCAAGUGGCUGAAGGCCUCACGCUGCCACAGUUCAUCCUCAAAGAUGAGUCAGACCUCAGAUACUGCACCAAGCACUACAACACAGGUAAAUUUACCUGUAUUGAGGUGCGGUUCCACCUGGAGCGUCAGAUGGGGUACUACCUGAUCCAGAUGUACAUCCCCUCUCUGCUCAUCGUCAUUCUUUCCUGGGUCUCCUUCUGGAUCAACAUGGACGCCGCCCCAGCCAGAGUGGCACUGGGCAUCACCACCGUCCUCACCAUGACAACACAGAGCUCCGGCUCCAGGACCUCUCUGCCUAAGGUCUCCUAUGUGAAGGCCAUAGACAUCUGGAUGGCGGUGUGUCUGCUCUUCGUCUUCUCAGCGCUGCUGGAGUAUGCUGCUGUUAACUUUGUGUCGAGGCAACACAAAGAGCUGCUGCGGUUUAGACGGCAUCACAAGAGCAAGAGCAAGAACAGUGGAGGUGCAGUUGAUCCAGGGGAGCUAGCUGAGUCCCUCCGUCGAGUUAACACUGACAACGGCUUCAAACCAUCAGACCCCCUGUAUGGAUCUAUGACCAACAUCUACACCAGCAACCACAGGCUGGUGUACACCCAGGGCCAGUCAAGUAUCCAGACCUUCUACUGUGGCACUCCAGACUGUGGUCAGGAAGGGGAAGUACAUGAGAGCAGGCCGACCUCCACAGCUGCUGUGACCUCAACUCCCAGCAACAGCAAGGACUCCAAGGCCAGCGCCAACAAUACUGUUACUGCUCUGAACACCCAAGGAUCCACAACAAACACUACCCAGAAUCCAUCUGGAGCAGCGGCAGGUAGAGGGGGUAAAAGCACAGAGGAGAUGAGGAAGUUAUUCAUCGAUCGAGCCAAGAAGAUAGACACUGUGUCGAGGGCUGGCUUCCCUCUGGCCUUCCUCUUCUUCAACAUCUUCUACUGGGUCCUGUACAAGAUACUGCGACAUGAAGAUGUGCAUAAGCAGUAGAGCGUAUUCACACACACACACACACACACACAGUAUGUGCACACAUACACACACACACUCACACCCUCAUACUGCUAAUCGUAUGAGGACACUUCAUCAGCUACAUUUAUUUUUUUCUCUCCCUUAGUCCUGACCUCUGACCUUGACCUUUCAAGAUGACCAUUAUCCCUCUGUAGGAUCCCAGCUGACUCACAACCCACCUGCUGUAAUAUCGACCAAUCAGCAGUCAGCUGAGCUCCGGACAGGUGUGUGACAGGAUGGUGCAGAGAGCAGGCGUUACACGCCUGGUUUAUACCUGAUCCAGCAGCUGAGUGGAGCUGUGUCUCUUCAGGUGUUUCUGUCUGAGGAGACUUUGUCCUGAAGGAAGGGGGGGAGUUCAGUCAGCUUCAUUUGUGCCAAAGCAGCAUGGGUAAUGUAGUGCACUGCGCAGCUACAUACAGUUAGAUACAGUGGAUGACGAGCCUCUACACUCAGAGAUCAUUCUCAGGAUCAAGUGUUAGACGACACGAGCUGAAUAAAUUCACUGUUUCCUCACUUUACUCUCAAUAACUUGUUCAGUAACAUGUCAGAGUGUAAAUACGUACAUAUACAUGUUUGGUAGCACUAUAAUAAAGAAAGACCAGUAACUGACGCAGCUUCAGGCUUCAGAGCCGAGCACAGUCACUGCAGCAGGUACGAUCACCUGUUCAUGACCACACACCUGUUUCAUCAUCACACUGUAAACACAAGAAAAUACACUGAUGAAUAAAUCUACUGUUUAUUAAAGAUUUACAGUCUUUGACUGGAGUUAAUGAAAGAGGGAGAAGAUGCUGAUGCAGCGAAGGAGCUCUGAGGAUGAUCAGCUGUUUUUACCUGUUUCUGAUCAGGUGUGUUUGAUUUGUUGUAAGUGACGUACUGAGCCUGUGUGAGGUGUCAGGGAAAAACAGACUGAACUAGUGACAAAUUCUUAGUGAUGCCAUGAUUAUUCUCAGCACUGAUGAUUAAUAUCAGAAUCAAUAAUAUAUAGACAGUACAGCCAGUAACUGUGUGGCUAACAGAAAUGACAGGGCAGAUCCUGGACCACCCUCCCUGAAGAAUAAAAAAAACUGUAGAACAUGAUACAAAGACUGAAGACAUGGACAUAAAAACAACUUUCUAAAAAAGAAUAAUACUCUAGAAAAGUAAAGUACUGAAAAUAUACAGAAGUACAGUACUGAAGUAAAUGUACUUAGUUGCUGCCCACCCCCGAGUAAGAUCGGGUUUAAGGAAACACAGUUGUUAAUGUCUUCAUCAGAAACUAAAGAAGAAUGAACCUAAAUCAACAUAAACUGUAAUCAGGUAGGUCAGGGACUGUAUGAUUAUCAGUUUAAUCAAUAUACCUGCCUUUAAUGAAAGCUCAAAGAUGAGCGAAGGACUGGAUCAGCAGCUGGAGCCAGAUGUUCAAAGUAAAUGAUCCUGAAACCUUCCUGUGGUAAGAAAAUAAAAAACAUCGACCACUUUGACCGUUGGCCUCUAGUAAACCCUCACAUCUACUCUUAAAACCAGUACCAGAUAUAAACCAGUUCAACCUCUGACUGGUUCCUCUGAGACACUGGUCCUCAGUCUUCAGUCUAUUUAGAGUCAGGCUCAUCUAGACUCUGGUAUCACCACAUACAGGUGGACAGGUCUUCUUCCCUGGGUACAUGAAGAGCUAAUGGUGGCUCAGCGUGUCCUUUGGUGAGAAGAGAAUCCAGUAUCCAAGAUCUGGACUCUCAAAACCUGGGGCCAGAUGCAUUAAUGGUGCGUACACACACUAUUUAGUACACACUAUUUAUAGUGAAUGUGUCACCUCCCACAUUCCUUUAACCAUGUGAACAUGCGGUUUUCCAGAGUGAUCCAAGUUACAGGGAAGUGAAAAUACAAAAUAAGUCGAGACACAUCAUCUAACAUGAAGUGAAAUUACCAACUUCCCGGAGUGGUUUGAGGUUUGAGGUUUACACAGCAAUAACAAUUUUUACAAUUCAUAAACAGAAGUAAUUGUGUUCGUGCUCAAUGUUUCCUUCAUCAUUGUUUAAUGUCAUUAUUUAUUGUGAGUCAUUCUGUUUGAAACUAUUGUGAGUCUCUAGUUCCAAUAAAUGAAGUUCAGAGUAAAAGAGGACUUUAUAAUUGCAGUCAUUGUACUAAAGUAAACUGAUGCAUGUUUUUACUUCAGUUUCACAAUCAGUCCCAAUCUGGUGUCCAUCAUGUAUAAUCACAGGAAAUCUCAUUAACUCAACAUGGCAGAAUAAUCUAGUAUCAGUUCAAUGGGUUAAACGUGGGAUUGAAGUGUCCAGUCAUCAGCAUGUGCUCUGUUCUGUCUGCUGUAGGGACAUUCAGACACUCAACUUUGUGAUUAGUAUAGGACACAUUAUUGUUGAUUUCUGGUUCCUUGUUUCACUGGAAGUUCAUUGUGUUUUCUAGGAAACAGUUUGGCUCCAGUUUGAAUUCCUGUCAGCUGAUAGUGUCGCCUCACAGCUUCAGUUCAGCGUGUUGUGCAGUGUCAGAGAUCGGCCAUCUGUCACAAUGCUCCCAGUGAUAUGAAGUAACAGUUUCAGGUCUCCACAAGUUGAUCUACAUUCCUCAGUGGAAAAAGGAGUCUGACAGUCUGAGGUGAUAUUCGCAGAACCUGAGGGUUCAGCCGACUGUUUUUCUGUUGGUCACACUGCAUGUGAACUCAGACAUGAGACUGGCAGAGCUCCACAGACUGUUUUCCAGGAUGUUCAGUGUUAUUUACUCCACUGUUUCCUGUCAGAAAUAUUCUCAUGGUUCUGAUGAAAACAUCUCACUGUCACCCCCCGCCCAGCGCCCACCGUUCAUCCGCUCCUACAGGCUCCACAUUUAAUUAUUCACUGUGUUCAUUUCUACACAGCUCUGUGCAGGCUCCACUCUAUGCACUGAUAGUUUGCAUGUGUACUAUAUCCUUCUUGUCAUGGUCAGUGUUUUGUUCAGUUAAUAAAGAAGAAUUUGUUUUACUUUGAACUUGUGCCAAUGGAAUCAAACUGCAGUUAAACUUCAGAUCUGCCUUCAAACUCCUCUUCACCAACCUGACCGUGUUCAUACUUCAUCAGUUUUAUAUGCGAGUUUUCAUUCUAAACCUACUCAGAAUCAGUCUGCAAAGUGUUUGUGGAUGUGAGUAACAACAGCACAGUUUAAAGGUAUUCAGAUUAUCCGACAUGGGGUUGUGUGAGGUACUGAUCUAUAGUCAGAUCAGUAACAUACUGUGUUACAUACAUACACUGACUACAGAUCAGUCAUACACUGACUACACAUCAGUCAUACACUGACUACAGAUCACUCAUACACUGACUACAGAUCAGUAACAACCCCACGUCAAAUAACCUGAACUACACCUUUAAACUGUGCUGUGAGCACAGUAACGCGUCACGUCCUGUUUUAAUUGACUGAAAAGAGAACAUGAAGCCAGUUUCCUCACCUGGUGCUCACCAUUGCUUUCAUCUUCGUCUUCGUCUGGGCUCUGUCACCAUACAACACAAACUAUCUCAAGCAGUUUUCCAGGUGACUUUCAUCACGUGACUCUUAAAUUUGUGUGGAGGAGGCCAACUGUUAUUCUGAUCAGUGUGUGCGGUCGUGUGGUGACCUCAUCACGGCUCUUUUACCUGUAAUGAGAUGUAAUCAACCAGAGCAGCUCAGAACACCUGUGUGGGUGUGUCUCAUUUUUCUACUCUAGGCCUUGUGUUGUCUUUGUGUUGCCUUCUGACUUGUGUUAUGGCCGUCAAUGUCAGUUUUCUUCACAAUCUUUCAUGGUGGGUCAAAGACAAAUCAUUUUGUACAAAAUAAAAAGAUUUGAAUUAAUGAUGUGUAUCGGUACAUUUGGUCCUGAGUUUAAUGUUUUUCCUGCAGCCCGUGACUCAGAAGGAUUUUUUUUUUUUUUACAUGGUACGCCUCCCUCUGCUGAUUGGCUCAUCACUAACACCUGAGCGGUCCCAUCACUGCAGGUUCAGGACUGUCAGUGAACUGCAGACUGAGAGCUUUCACAGUGUUUGAUCUUAGCCAUUAGAGUUUCUGUGGCUUUGUCGAUAUCACCGCAUUGUGGUUCAGAUGUGGUUUGUGUUACACUGCAGACACACUUCACUACAGUGAGCAGACUGUGUGGGAACCCUGGAUGAAGCUGCAGUGAUGUCACAGCUGGACUACACUGUGAACUUCAUCAAAACUGAGAUAAACCCACUGCUAACAAACUGUCACAUGACUCACUCCCUCGUUGUAAGUUCUCCCUCCCAGUGAAGUGUCACAUGCACAGCAGCUGUAAUGACACACUGUAUGCUGAUAGAGGACUCUGCCAUGAUUCUGUUGGGUUUCAUACAUUUGUUGAGAGCACACUCACUAUUUUCUGUGAAAUAAGAUGUGCAUAUUUUAUCUUGUUCUAAUUCAAUUCUGUUGGAGUAAAAUAAACUUGGUAGCCACUUCUUAA